AUGGUUAACUCAGUGUCUUCGCCGCCGCGUUCGCAGCCAUCCUCUCCUGCCUUUAAGGCUACUAAAUCCGCGCGAUCAUCACCUCGCCCUUCCCUAUCUAUCGACAUCAACAGUCUUCCCCCACUCUCCCAGCCAUCGCCUCCUUCAAACACACUCUUAAUCACCGAUCUCAACGACCUUGUCCUCUUCCAGCCAUCUUCCCUGGAUGAGAUUCGCAAGCAGAUUACUGCACUUGUGGCUUUGAACUCAUUUUCCCCACUGCCAUCCCUCCGUCGCAUCGUCUGUUCCUUCCACUCCGAUGCCGAUGCAGUCACAAUCCGCAAGAUGCUGGAGGGAAAGCGUCUUCUGAAUCGCAACGUGACUCCCCGCCUUUACUUCGGCGAACCCACACCUAUCAUGAGCGAUGAAGGACCCAAAUUCUUGCAGGCGCCUCAGAGUAACAAGCUGUUCUUUAUCUCCCCGCCACCCAGCCCCCCGCACGGCUGGAUGAUGCGCAACGAGGACCCACCAAACAAGGAAGUGCAUGCUCAUGAUUUGGCCCACGCACUGUCUAUGCUGAAGACCGAUCCCUCCGAGCCUAUGCACGUUGAUCCUGCUACUCCGGUUUCCAUCUCAUCGGAUAAGAGGACUCCUAGCUGGCCGCUUGCGGGCUCGCAGCAGCGCAGCCGCAGCAGUACUAUUAUCUUCCACCCUGAAGAUCAUGGACACAGUCCUAAUCUCCCGGCUGUUAUGGUUGAGGAUCACAGUCUGCCAGUGGAUGAUGAGGAUGUUGAUAUGGAUGCCGGUGAUAUGAGUCCGAUCGAAAUGUCGGUGAAGAAGAUGCCGCCCAAGACUUCUCGCCCACCUGUUGAGCUGAUGGGUUGA